GCCAGCAUAAGGGCCAGCACGUCGCACGAGUGCAGCCCUCCAUGGUAUCACCAGAUCUUGCCUCUUUACCAAUUCAUCCCUCACUGUCUGUAUUCGACAUCGCUGGUGUGCGCCAGAGCUGUCACUGGCUUCGCCUGGGGUUUGACCAGUGGGUAGCAUAAAGGACGACCAGCGAUCUAGCGCAGAGACAUCAGAAGCAACCUCGUCAAGUCGUUGCAUCGGUCCUUCUCGACACCUGCUAUAUAGACCCGGCGGUCGCCUCUGCGUUUCAAGUUCUCCAUUAUCCAACACUCCGGGUCAGCUCAGGAACAGGAGGCCUCACCACUCUGACCAUACUAGCCAUUGGCCGAAGCUACCUGCAUACGACCACCUCAACGAGACUCAUCUAUCGAUCUGCCUACUCAGCAUACCGGAUACCAGGUUCACCAAAGUCAAUUCAUCUCAGCAUCAGGAGUCGGUGUGCCAGCAUUCAUUUUCUAUAAGACUUCCACACAAACUUCAAAAAUGGCCAAGCCAGGAAAGUGCGAACACACAUUCAAGAUGAUCAAGUCAGACACCACAUUGAUACUCUGGAACUGCAACAUGUGUCACUCUGGCCCCCACUGGUUCAUCUUCGAGUGUGCAAAGUGCAAACUGAAGACUUGCCGGCCUUGCACUACAAAGGCUUCAUGAUGCGUCUGAACAGCAUCAGCAGAGCUACAUCACACCAAUCACACCAGUCAUAUUCGACUUUCAUUUUACGAGGAUAUUGUUGCAGCGUUAUGUUGUUACCCUAGCGUGGAGUCUCGGAUGGAAGUCAUGGGUCAGGUCAGGUCAGGUCAGGUCAGGUCGGUUGAGGGUUGGGCGUAAAGGUAACAGAAUCAGAAUGGGACUGGCAAAGGGCGGGACAGUGUUGAUUUUUUUUUUUGCAACGCGAGCGAGGGAAAGCAAGAACGGAAGAUGACAUGUCCGCGAGGACCGACAACAGAGGAUCUCGUGAAAGAGGUCGUAAUCUAAUGAUUUGUCUGUAUCACAAUGCCUAUUUGUGUUAGAAGAGCACAUCAGAACAGCGAUAUCAAACACGAAAUACGUACUUCUGAGAAGAAGACAGCGUGCUUGCGACAG